AUGUGGUUCGGAUCGUCGUCGUCUUCUUCUUCUUCAUCCACCCCUGCGACGCCUACCGUUCCUUUGUUACCAUCGCCUCCGCCUCUUAAUGAAUCAUCUCCAUCACCAUCCACAUCGAAACCAAUCAAUGCCCCGCUCAACAUCCCAGCGGGUAACAGUCCGAUCACACCAGAUGCAGAACCUAUAAAACCCGAUGAGAACCUCACGGGAGAUACAGUCGCCGAUCUAAAGAAGGCUUUGGCGCGUAUACGACCUAAAGAGGAUUUUGAGAACAUCGGAAAGAUACCAUGUGCGAGGAAUAGCUUGCUGUAUGGUAUAGCAGGAGGAGCUGGUCUAGGCGCUGUGCGGUUUUUAGGGUCAAGGAAACCUUGGGUAGCAGCGAAUUGGGCAGUGGGAAGUUUCAUCUUGAUAUCAGGAUUCCAGUGGGAGAUGUGCAAUCGAGCGAGGCGUAAAGAACUCGCUCAAAUGCGAGCCAUAACAGAACGAUAUCCUCAUCGACAUAUAUCGAAACUGAAGCAGAAAGGAUCAGAUUGGGUACCUCCACCCUCAUCAACUACAUCUGAGGGAAACCCAUCAUAA